AUGGGCAGCGCCACUCUCAUAUCUCCCACCCCAUUCUGCGUCUUCUCCCCUCAGCUCUCAUCUCUUUCCCCCUCUCUCUCAUAUCUCCCACCCCAUUCUGCGUCUUCUCCCCUCAGCUCUCAUAUCUCCCACCCCAUUCUGCGUCUUCUCCCCUCAGCUCUCAUUCUUGACCUGAUCCUGGUUGGCAUCGUGAAAGUGGUCGUCCGUCGGCGCCGCCCAUCCCACAACUGCAUGGACAUGUUCGCCACCUUCUCCGUGGACUGCUACUCCUUCCCCCCGGGGCACGCCACCCGCGCAGCCAUGUGUGCCCAUUUCCUGCUGGUCCACUUGGUGCUGGCCACCCCCCUGCGGGUGCUUGUGUUCCUGUGGUCUGGUCUGGUGGGGCUGAGCCGGAUGCUGCUGGGAAGACACAACAUGACCGAGGUGCUGUUUGGCUUCCUGAUGGGCUACUGCCAGUACAACCUGGUGGAGAUGCUCUGGGUAUCAUCGCUGGGCAUGCAGGGGCUCCUGGGGCUCAUCCAGGGGUGA